CACAGAAGUCAGCUUUGGACGAACUGCUCAGCAUCAUUUGGCAGUUAUCUUGGAUUUAAACUCUUCAUCUCAUCCAGCUGAGAUGGCCAUUGAUCUGUCAGUUGUCACUUUCCUCAUCGCUCUGAUGCAAGGUGUCUUUUGUAAAACUUGGGAUGUGAUGCUUCCCCAAAGUAUCGUGGGCAUCACUGAGUCCUGUGUCACAGUCCCAUGUCGUUUCGAGGUUCCAAACAAUGAAGAAGCAAACAUCCUCCUUUGCUCAGAUGGUGGUAUUUGGAAGAAAGGCAGUUUGCGCGGUCCUGUCGUCUUCACUGCACAAUCUCCUUAUGUUAACGUCAUGCAAGGGAAAAUUGUCGGGGACUUAACGAAGAAGAACUGCACCACAAUAUUCAACAGCUUGCCAAAGAACUACAGCGACGUAUACUUCUUCAGGCUUGAAUGUUUAAAGCUCAAGUACAGUUUCAGUAAUGGAGUCAUCAUUAAUAGCCGACCAGAGCUGCCUCCCUCCCUGCUGACCUCUGUGGGUCAGGUGUCAGAGGGAGCCCAGGUGAGGCUGCAGUGUUCAGUCCCAGUGCCCUGCUCCCUCCUUCCCCCCUCCAUCACCUGGCUCCCCCAAGACAUCUCCAGGCAGGAGCAGACGCAGAUGCAGAGUGUGGAGGAUGGACGCAUUAACAUGAUUUCCACACUGACCUUCAUCGCCUCAGCCGACCAUCACAACCGGAGCAUCUCCUGUUCUGUCUCCUACCCGCUGACAACAGGGGGCAGCAGCCGGUCGUCUGCAACCACACAGAGACUCAACGUCCUGUAUGCUCCUAGAGUCACCGUGGCAACCCUCAGCACAUCUGUUCCUGUCCCUGAGGGCCGCGUUGUGACGUUUACAUGCUGGAGUGAUGCCAACCCCCCUGUGAGCCACUACACCUGGUACAGAACCGACAGUGGAAAGUUGACUAAGAUGGGUGAAGGAGAAUUGCUGAUCCUGCAAGUCGACCAGACAGACAACGAGACGUAUCUGUGUGAAGCUCAAAGCCAGAGGGGCUCUCAGAGGUCAAGACCUGUGUCUCUGGAGGUCAACAGCACGAGAGGCAGGUGCAACAGCAUUGCGCAGGCUAGUCCCUACAUUAUAUGUGGAGUCUUGUUGGUCCUCUACAUCCUGACUGUUGUUGUGGUAGUGUGCAAGUAUCAAAGUAUUUCCAGGAGGCUGAAGCGGAUUGAAGUGAAGGAGGAACACACCAAUGCUAAUCUUCGGACCACUAGCUUCGCCUCUGACUAUGACCAACUCCAGUAUCCACUGUCUAAUACGACGCCCUCUCCUGACGUUCUCAUCUAUGAGAACUCCGUCGCCUGCAAGCCCCCCUCAGAAAUCUUCUGAUGCCAAAGUGAACCUGAAGGAUUUGAUUGAAGUUCUUAUUAAGGAGGUCUUAAAAAUACAAAAUACAGCACCUCCUCAAAAUUAAUUCACUUGUACCUUAUCAGCAUUUUAUAUUUCCCAUAGCUUUAUCUUCUUUGAACAAAAUAUCCUUUGAGCUCAUUUGUGAUGUUAUGUAACUUGUUUUAGGUCAUGUUGAGACUUCUGGGUUAUUUAACAAAAGGAAGAGAUGCUGUAGACACUGGUAACACUGAAGGUUAGGAGGUUAAGACGUUAAAACCAUAGAAGCAUGGCGAGCUAUGCUGACGUUAACAUUGCAGCUUCAGUCAGACUGCUUCAAAGGAUCUUCAUUGCGACACACUAUAUGGCGAUGUCCCUUCUGCCUCAUUCAUUUCUACUUUGAUGUCUUUGAUCUGCGGAGUGACACAUAAUCUUUGGCAAUUUACUGGUGCAAAUGAACACGCCGACUUAUUAAAUGGAAUUGUCAAACAAUCAGCAGAGGUUGUAUUGAUGGUUCACUGAGGUGCUAGCUGAUGCACGGGUGUAAACUUAAUUUUUACUUUCCACCACUUAAAUAUAAUUAAUAAUGAUGUUUUUAUCCAAAUAAAAAAGUCAAUCAAAACAUGAACAUUA